CCUAUUUGCUGAGAACUCGUUACAAACUUGAAAAAAAUGAUUUUCCGCAGAUGUUUUGUUUUCCCCGCACCGGAUACUGUGUACAUAGAUAUCGGACAAAAUGUUGUCCGAAACGUAUGCGAAUUCGGACGCGAAUUCGCACACCGGUUCGCAUACGAUUUCGCAAGCGAAUUCGCACGCCGGAUACUGUGUACAGCCACCUUUAGCAAUUACUAUAUGUCUUCUAGUAAACGUAUUUUUUGUUGUAACGUAUUAUAUUCUUUGUUGUGUUUGUGUGCGCAUUGAGAGUUACAUCUAGCAGACAUUCAGGUUCUGCUGCACAGUCUGGAAUCUGAAUACAAUUUGGACACGCUAGCGGGCAGUACGUUGUAAACCGCGCAGCCUAGAAUAUAUCGAUAAUAAAAGCUCUAAUCGUAAAAAGGUUACACUUAGCCCGUACACAUGGCCAAACGAAAAAGAGACCUUUUGUAAAAAGGCUGGGCCAAAAAAAGAGGCAUUAUUUGGCCAAAAUUGGCGUGCGUUUACAUGGCCAUUUAGCACCGUUUUUUAUUAUUUAGUUCGCAUGUGGGACUUCCCCGUGAACGUAACUUUUUGGUUUAGUAUGAUAUUGGAAUCAAGUUUGAGCAAUAUGGAUAGUAAUUUUUCUGUUGCAAUUUAUCGAAGAACCAUGUUAAAGUUAGUAUGGCAAAGAAGAAAAAUGAUACUAGGUUGGAAACAACGAGCUAGGAGACGGAAAUUUUGUAUUUUGUUAAUUAAAACUACUUUUGUUUUGCUUAAGAAAGCACGACGUUUUUGGAUGCUGCAAAGGUCAUCGCGGUGGUGGGAGUUCGUUAGCAAUAACUACACUGAUGAGUUCUGGUUGAAGGAUUUUAGAUUAUCAAAAAACACCUUCAAUCAAAUUGUUGACAUGGUGAGAACUGAAUUAAGACCAGAUGAAAGGUCUAUUCGACAACCAAUUCCUGUGGAAAAAGUGGUUGCUAUGGCAUUGUUUCAACUUGGGUCUUCUGGUGAAUACAGAACAACCGGAAUUGUUUUUGGAGUUUCUAAAGCUUCAGUUCACAAGUGUUUGCAUAGGUUUUGCAAAGCAAUAGGCAAGCUUGUUUCACAUUUUAUAAAGCUUCCAUCCAAUAAAGAAGCUAUACAAAUGGCCCGAGAAAACCAGAGAUUGAAUAAAUUUCCUCAGUUGUGGGGUUCGGUUGAUGGGUGCCAUAUUGCGGUUGCUCCACCGAGUCAUGGUUAUGCUGACUACAUAAAUCGCAAAAUGUUUCCUUCUAUAGUUCUCCAAGCUGUGGUUGACGGACAGUACAGAUUUCUAAACAUUAAUGCGUGUAUGCCGGGAUCGAGUCAUGAUGCUGCAGUAUUAAAGCAAUCGAGCAUAUACAGAAUGGCACAAUCUGUAUUGCCUGUAGGAUCCAUAUUUAUAAAUGAUGUAGAGAUUCCAUUAAUGAUUGCUGGGGAUGCAGCAUAUCCACUUCUUCCUUGGCUAAUGAAACCAUAUGUGGGAACCAACUUGACAGAUCAACAAAUGUCAUUCAACUGUUACCACACUAGUUCCAGGAUUGUGGUUGAAAAUGCCUUUGGAAGAUUGAAGGCAAGGUGGAGAAUCUUGCAAAAAUCUAUUCCUGUUGCUGCUGCUCCUAUGGUGGUACUUACUGCUUGCUGUAUUCUCCACAAUAUAUGUGAAAACCAGCAAAUGCCAGACCCACCAAAAUUGGUUCGCCACACAAUUUGUAAAUUUCUAUCUGACAAUUACCCAUUGAGAACAAGUUCUCGUUUUUGA